AUGGAGGCUUGGAAUAGGUUGCGUGAUAUAUUCCAAGAUAACAAACACUCUCGUGCCGUUACACUUGAGUAUGAUUUCACCCACACAACCAUGGAGGCCUUUUCAAGUGUCUCUGCUUACUGUCAACAUCUCAAUUCACUAUCGGAUCAGCUCAAGAACAUCGGCUUUCCGGUCGAUAACAGUAGGUUGGUUCUGCAAUUGGUGUCCGGUCUCACUGAACCUUACAAGGGAGUGGCCACACUCAUCUGUCAAAGUGAUCCCUUGCCUCAGUUUUAUCAAGCACAGUCAAUGCUUGUUCUCGAAGAAUUCGAUCUCAAGAAGGCGACUCAGACCUCAUCCUCUGCCAUGGUGGCUCGUGACUCGGGUGAAUCUCAAGAGAUGUCUGAUCAUUCAUUAGCAUGCCGCACAAAUAAUGGUGGAAAACGGUAUUCAAACCAUGGCAAUUCUAGAAAGAAUCGCAACAACACUGGUGGUCAUGAUAACUUAGGCACUAGUAAGGGAGGCUCUGGUGGAGGGGGUAAAGGUGGCAGUGGCAGCAAUCGCGGGGGUGGACAGUAG